AUGUCCUCGAAAACAGCAACACCCAUGGAAGAUGUUAUGAGGGAGAAGAUCACCACAGCAUUCUCCCCGUCCAACUUGAUAAUCCGCAACGACUCGCAUCUACACGCGCACCAUGCGCCAAUGCAAGGAUCGACGUCGAAGGAGACCCAUUUUCAUGUCACAAUUACAUCGUCUGCGUUUCAGUCCAAGAUGCAACCCGCCAGACAUCGGAUGGUGUACGGAUUACUAAAAGACGAAAUGAGCCAGGAUGGUGGGAUCCACGCGCUGCAGUUGAAAACAAAGACGCCAGAGGAGGAGCAGAGGGAGAAGGAGAGGCAGGGGCAUUAA